CCAGCCCCUACUUUGCCAUUUUGCUCCAAAGGAAAUUAUCCUUUUUUCUCCUCUCUCUAAUCCCACAAUUUCAUUCCAAUCCCACUGUCAAAUUCCAUUUUAGAAAACAAUGAGCCAUACAUCCAUUUCAUCAUUUGCCUUGUAUUCAAUAAAUUUAUCUCUUUUUAUUUCAAGAAUGUGUAAUUUUUUUAUCUAAUAUGUAUGCACAUGUGUCAUGUAUGAAGAGAUGUUCACUAUUCACACGCUUGCUACAAAAAUUCAAAUAGGCACAAAACAGUUAGCCUCCAUUUAUUUGUAUUGCUAUAAUUUUAUUUAUUUCAUUUUAUUUUCUACGUGCAAUUGAGAUUCCAUCUUGCUUUUAUUUCCCCUCCCCUCUUCUUCACCUUCCCACCACUUCAAUUUUCUUCCAGUAGCUUAAAGAAUCUUUUGAAGGCUACAAAGAAAAACAAUCCUUACAACACACACCAAAAAUCUUGAUAAGAAAAAUCGAUUUCCAUCCUAAUAAAUUUAAAGUUUUAAUCUUUGUUGGUGCAUGUUUGUGUUUCCAUGGCUAGCUACAAGCAAGCUCACAUCUCUGCUUCUUCCUACAACAAUGGCGCCUCUGUGCAGGGAGAGUGGGGUAUGCCAAUAUUUAAGCAUCAGAAGACCAUUUCCAUGAAUUGGACUACUGAAGAGCAUGCCCUCUUGGUGGAUUAUUUGGCCCAGGACUCAACCGUGUUCGGUUAUGCAAACAUCGCUCUGCUGCUAAAGUCCAAGACUGUUCGAGAUGUGGCUUUGCGCUGCAGAUGGAUGGCUCGAACUGGAAUGAUUCAUUCGACUCUGCAGAAGAAGGAAAUCAGCAAGAGGCGGAAGGACGAUCUCAACGUAAGGAAAAGCAAAGAACGAAAGGAACACUCUACUGUAAAGCCUUCUCGAUUAUCCAUCCAAUCGGAUGCAUCUCAAGCUCCGGGAAUGAUUUCCAAUCACAGCAAUGAUUUAGCUGGAGCCACUAAGCAGCUUCUUCAGCAAAAUGCGUUGGCUUUGAAACAAAUAUCGAAAAAUCUUUCGACUCAUCAGAUACGCCAAAACAUUGGGCUUCUGAGUCAAGCUCGCGACAACAUCUUUAAAAUCUUAUCCAACUUGGACGAGAUGGGGCCAGCGAUGAAGAAAAUGGCUGAGCUCCCUAAGGUGGAUGAAGAGCUAGCGAACUCCAUCCUUUCUUCGCCAAACUUCCCUAUCCAGCUAUGAUCGAUCAUCGAGAAGCUGCAGAUUGGUGAUGCUCGCGAUUAAAAUGAUGGAUUGAUAGACUUGUAUCUUCCUAUCUUGUUUAUCAGCAGAGGUAAUUAACAUUUGAGAUCUGAAUGUGCUGAAAAAUGGUGGAACAAAAUCUCUCAAAGCAUUUUUUUGUACUUUGAAAUGUUGAGUCGAGACUACAUGGUACAACAAGCAUGAUGGACCAUAUUUCUGUAUUUGGUUUGAUUUUUAAGAAUUUUCUUCUUGUUUGAUGUAAUUGUUUAAUACAUUGAAUUUGUCUAAGUUUAGAGACUACUUCAUUAUAUAAUUUCAAAAAAAUGAAAAAUAUGUUACUAA